AUGGCCCGGAACAUCAGCCUCAUGGUCGUUGCAGCGGUGCUCGUCUGCCUCCUGGUCGCCGCACCAGCCACCGCGGCAGUCACUUGCGGGCAGGUGGCCAUAUCCGUCAGCGGCUGCCUGUCCUAUAUCCGUGGCCAGGCACCGCUGACGAACACCUGCUGCGACGGUGUGCGGAGGCUUAACAUCAUUGCUGCCACCACUCCGGACCGCCAAGCCACCUGCAACUGUUUGAAGGUUUUUUCCGGCGGCAUGGGAAAUUCCCUCAAUCCCACUCUCGUCUCCGGACUUCCGGCCAGGUGCGGCGUGAGGGUCCCCUACCCCAUCAGCACGAAGACCGACUGCUCCAAGUACGUGACCCUUCUAGAAUAA